AUGGUUCCUUUAAUGUUUCUAGUCGGACGGCAUUUCUGCCUGGACCAACAGCCGGGGGCGGGGGGCAACAUCCGCACCAAACAUUCCCCGCCAGUUUCUGCCCGAAUAACGGUGGUGAAUCUCACCUGGACCCACGGUACCGUUAUGGAGCGCGAGGCCAUGGACGGUCUCUGCAACGUGUCCAAAGCGGCGAUUCUGAGAGUCAUCGUCGGCGAGAAACUGACGACGGCCGCGCAGGAGAUCUUAGCGGUGGUGGAGAGAACCGUGGCCGACUACGAGGAGGAGGCUUCGGGCUUCAGGCAGGAGAUCGACCGGCAGAGGAGACAGCUGGAGGUUCUGCUGCACUCGGAGAUCAAAGUAGAAACAACAGAUGACGAGCAGCUGUUUCCCAUCUUUGAGCCGACACCUGAGCAGGUGUCAGGAGGGGGAGGACAAUUCCAUGAAGAGGAGCAGCAGCACAAAAUUGAGCUUAGUGUGGAGGAUGAUGGGAGUGUGGGUUUCCUCUGCUACACUGGAGAACAUACAGGAGAAGAGGAGCAGCAGCAGCAGGAGGAAGAGGAGGAGUCCUGUGAGCGACAAGCGCUGACCCCCCUGCAGGAGCAGGAUCACAUCACAGAGCCGGAUUAUGAAAUAGCAUCAAGGUUAUUGCCUCCCACAGUUCAGUCUGACAGGAGGAGCAUUGGCAAACCUCGGGUCAGCGAAUCCCAGGGCCAAGUGGAUCUAAGAAUCUGCAUCCUGGAGAACUCUCAGAUCGAGGUCCUGUCGGCCAAAGUGUUUCAGCAGUGUCCGGUGCAGGAGCUGCAGUGUCCUCGUGGACUAGAGGAGGCCGACUUCCUGGACCUGCUGAGGUCCACCUUCCCUCAGCUGGCGGCCGAUAAACCCUUUGACUUCUUCACAACCGACAGAAGACGGACGCUGCAGCCUCUGAGAGUGAAGACUCUGACACCAGAGGAGAUCUGCGGGACCAUCAGGUCCAUCGGGGCGGGAAACUCCGCCCUCUACAUCCGACUGAAGACGGAGGAGGAGCAGAGAGCGACUGAUGAAGAGUUUCAUCUGCCACAGAGAAAAGAAGCUGCUGCUGAUUCAGCGUCUGAUCCGACCAGACCACACCCAGAGUACCUGAACUCCUCAGCUGCUGCAGACGAGACAGUUCAGUCUGACAGGAGGCGUCGCAGGCGUAGGAGCAGCAAACCACGCAGCAACCUGGAUCUCAGGAUCCGCAUCCUGGAGGACUCCCAGACCGAUGUGCUCUCAACCCCCGUGUUUCAGCAGUGUCCGGUGCAGGAGCUGCAGUGUCCUCAUGGACUAGAGGAGGCCGACUUCCUGGACCUGCUGAGGUCCACCUUCCCUCAGCUGGCGGCCGAUAAACCCUUUGACUUCUUCACAACCGACAGAAGCCGGACGCUGCAGCCUCUGAGAGUGAAGACUCUGACACCAGAGGAGAUCUGCGAGACCAUCAGGUCCAUCGGGGCGGGAAACUCCGCCCUCUACAUCCGACUGAAGACGAAGGAGGAGCAGAGAGCGACUGAUGAAGAGUUUCAUCUACCACAGAGAAAAGAAGCUGCUGCUGAUUCAGCGUCUGAUCCGACCAGACCACACCCAGAGUACCUGAACUCCUCAGCUGCUGCAGACGAGACAGUUCAGUCUGACAGGAGGCGUCGCAGGCGUAGGAGCAGCAAACCACGCAGCAACCUGGAUCUCAGGAUCCGCAUCCUGGAGGACUCCCAGGCCGAUGUGCUGUCAACGCCCGUGUUUCAGCAGUGUCCGGUGCAGGAGCUGCAGUGUCCUCAUGGACUAGAGGAGGCCGACUUCCUGGACCUGCUGAAGUCCACCUUCCCUCAGCUGGCCACCGAUAAACCCUUUGACUUCUUCACAACCGACAGAAGCCGGACGCUGCAGCCUCUGAGAGUGAAGACUCUGACACCAGAGGAGAUCUGCGAGACCAUCAGGUCCAUCGGGGCGGGAAACUCCGCCCUCUACAUCCGACUGAAGACGAAGGAGGAGCAGAGAGCGACUGAUGAAGAGUUUCAUCUACCACAGAGAAAAGAAGCUGCUGCUGAUUCAGCGUCUGAUCCGACCAGACCACACCCAGAGUACCUGAACUCCUCAGCUGCUGCAGACGAGACAGUUCAGUCUGACAGGAGGCGUCGCAGGCGUAGGAGCAGCAAACCACGCAGCAACCUGGAUCUCAGGAUCCGCAUCCUGGAGGACUCCCAGGCCGAUGUGCUGUCAACGCCCGUGUUUCAGCAGUGUCCGGUGCAGGAGCUGCAGUGUCCUCAUGGACUAGAGGAGGCCGACUUCCUGGACCUGCUGAAGUCCACCUUCCCUCAGCUGGCCACCGAUAAACCCUUUGACUUCUUCACAACCGACAGAAGCCGGACGCUGCAGCCUCUGAGAGUGAAGACUCUGACACCAGAGGAGAUCUGCGAGACCAUCAGGUCCAUCGGGGCGGGAAACUCCGCCCUCUACAUCCGACUGAAGACGAAGGAGGAGCAGAGAGCGACUGAUGAAGAGUUUCAUCUGCCACAGAGAAAAGAAGCUGCUGCUGAUUCACCGUCUGAUCCGACCAGACCACACCCAGAGUACCUGAACUCCUCAGCUGCUGCAGACGAGACAGUUCAGCCUGAGAGGAGGCGUCGAAGGCGUAGGAGCAGCAAACCACGCAGCGACCUGGAUCUCAGGAUCCGCAUCCUGGAGGACUCCCAGACCGAUGUGCUCUCAACCCCCGUGUUUCAGCAGUGUCCGGUGCAGGAGCUGCAGUGUCCUCAUGGACUAGAGGAGGCCGACUUCCUGGACCUGCUGAGGUCCACCUUCCCUCAGCUGGCGGCCGAUAAACCCUUUGACUUCUUCACAACCGACAGAAGCCGGACGCUGCAGCCUCUGAGAGUGAAGACUCUGACACCAGAGGAGAUCUGCGAGACCAUCAGGUCCAUCGGGGCGGGAAACUCCGCCCUCUACAUCCGACUGAAGCCUCAUGAGAAGCUCCAGGUGAAAACAAAUCGUCCUCCUCUGCAGAGAAAAGACGUCCCUGCUAAAAACUCUCCGUCGGCCCCCGAUCACACCGGACUAAACGGCAGUGUCGGGUCUGACAGGAAGAGGCUGGGCCGUCCUCGGCUCAGCGACAUACUGAACCACGUGGAUCUCAGGAUUCGGCUCCUGGAGGACUCGCAGAUCAAAGUGCUCUCAGCCAGAGUGUUCAGGAAGUAUCCGGUGCAGGAGCUGAGGUGUCCUCGUGGACUACAGGAGGCCGACUUCCUGGACCUGCUCAGGUCCACCUUCCCUCAGCUGGCGGCCGACGGACUCUUUGACGUCUUGGUAGCUGACAGAACCCGGAUGCUGCAGCCUCUGAGAGUGAAGACCCUGACGCCGGAGGAGGUCUCCAGCACCAUGAGGUUCUUCGGCCACUCUGUCCUCUACAUCCGCCUGAAGGCGCCAGAGGAAAAAGCUCAUCUCCCGCAGGGAAACGUCGAUGCCGCUACAGAUUCUCCGUCCACCUCCGAUCCGAGCGGACGCCACAGCAGCUCCGUUCAACAACAAGAGGGAAACAGAGUCGACUUCCUGUUCAGCUGCUCCACGUCAGAGCAGCAGGGCGUGUUCACAGAGGAGGCUGAUGAUGAUGAUGAUGAAGAUGAAGACUGUGAGAGGUCACGGUCUCCCAGUCUCUGGUCUCUUCAGUGUCUGCUUCUGUCUGAGAGCGAACAAGACGAGGAGGAAGUGAACGACGGAGACGACGACUGGAGACCGGAGAAAACUGAGGAGAGUCUGAGGAACAAAGAGCCGGAGAAGACGACGGGGAAGCGGCGGCUCGAGCGUCCACGCGUCCGAGCGAAGAGGAAACGGGUCCGGUCGCCUCGGCCGGUGCUGACGGGCAGAAACGGCGACGCCCCUCUAUCCUGUAGCAUCUGCGGAGCGCUGCGUUGGUCGACAGGCAUGUUGAUCAAACACUCCUGGAGUCACGUGGAUCAUCCGGAGCGGCAGUGCGGCGUCUGUGGAGAACAGUCGGAGUCCACGGAGCAGCUGCGGAUUCAUCUCCAGAGCCACCAGAAAACACACAGCUGUAACAUCUGCGGAAAGUCCUUCCUGUCCACCAGCGGCUACAACGGACACAUCGCCCUUCACAAAGGAGAGAAACCACACAAAUGUAAGAUUUGCCACAAAGCGUUCACCCAGAGGGGAACGCUCGUCAACCACAUGUGGGUCCACACCGCCAACAAACCGCACAAAUGUGAUAUCUGCCAAAUAUCCUGCGUUUCCAAGACCAAGCUGGAAAGUCACAGAGUGAAACACACCGGAGAGUCGCUGUACAGCUGCAGCACCUGCUCCAAACCUUUCCGCAGCCUCCAGACUUUAUCCCAGCACAUGGUGUCGCACUCGGGUCGAAAGAGACUGUACGACUGCGACGUCUGCGGCAGAAAGUUCACCUCCAACAAGAGACUUCAGUCCCACCUGAGGAGACACAGCAGCGUCCCGACGGCUGCAGACAGUGCAACAAACGCUUCAGGUGCAAAGCCAAGCUGGUGACUCACAUGAGGCUCCACCCCUUAUAAACACAGGGGAGGGGCCUCAUAAUGUGAUAUCCAGUCAGAUUAAACAAAUCCUCUGUGAUGUUUUCUUCUCACAGUGACUCUGAGUUUCUGCAGCGUUCACAUUAAACUGGAGACGUUUCAGUUCCUUUUAAGUACAGACACAGUUUCAUAUUUUCCUCAUGGUCAAAGAGACGGUAACGAGACCCGGACACAUCUGGAUCACCGAACACCCCCAGCUCAAAGAGACAGAACACCUGAACCAGACUUUUAAAACCUAAGGCUUUUUUAUUAUUGAGGGAAAAGUUGCUUUUUAAUCUUAAUUAAUCAAUUCAUCAUUUGCUCCAUGAAACAUCCAAAAAUAAUGAGAAAAAAAAAAUGCUCACAACUUCAAGGAUCCAGGCCGAUGUCUUCAAACGUUUUCCUCUGUGUGGACAGUGUUUGCUGGUGGAUAUGAUGAAGUUGCACCGUUGUGCCUGAUGCAACGUAAAAUAUAAGAUUCAACAGAUCCCCUGCGGCUCUCGGCUGCGAGCUCAUUGGCUCCUGCUGAAGAUGUAAUGUAUGGUAACACUUUUCAGCUGCACGUGUUCGCAGGUGAAAAUCAAUUUAGACUGAGACAUGAACCUAAGCGCCGUGUUUUCUUCUUCUGUGUUUUAUUUGAAGUGUAAUUUAGAACCUAGACCUGCUGUAUAAUCAAACACAUGGACAGAAACCUUUAGGAACCAUUCAUGCUUUAACUGUUGGAAAUGAUAGAAUAUUGCAGCGGACUUCACGCAGGAAGAUCGUGACGCCAUCGAAAGAGACAGAAGAGCGUUUGUGCAUUAAAUUACAUUUUUAUAAAGUGACAACAUGAGUUUGGUAGUUUUAGGUUGUUUUAGCAAUAGAUUCUUAGACUUUACGUUGGUGAUAUUUUGUCCUUCAGGGAUUCUCAUCAGGUCAGAGCGAUUAACAGAGUGAACCAGUGACAAAGGAGAGAGAAAGAAAUGUGAUGAUGGUUUACAUUUCUCCUGUUUAUCUGUAGAAAUUCAAGAACAUAAAAAUGCCUUUGGAAAAGUUUACAAAGUCUAAAUCAGUGUAAACAUCCAACAAUGUUACAUUAAGGUGUUUUUUUUUUUUUUCUACCAAAAAGUUUACAUAUUUUUACAUUUGUAAGUUUUUAUUGUUUUUUCUUUUUUAUUAAUGACGUUGUUUUAUUGGUGUUUCGUUAAAGAGACUCAGAGAAGCAGGUGUUCCUAAUAAAGUGCUCACUCAGUACAUUGCAGUGACCUUUAGACUUACAGUAAGAUGAGAUCAGGUUCACAGUGCAGUGAUGUAAACUAACCUGGACCAGGUUUAAAUCUCCAUGGUUACGUCAGACGUAUUUAAACUUCCUGGUUGAACUGGUUUCAGUUGUUUUAAAACACAGACAUGGAAGCGGUUUAUUGUGAAUGUUGUCGUCCCUCCUGUCGUGACAUGAACAUGUGAACGUCUCAAACUGCUGGACCAUGUUGUGUCAGGUCGUUCUGAUGUCCGGAUUAAAUCUGUUAUUUUUCCACUUCA